CUCGCCAUUUUGUCUGAGUUUCUUCCUGAAGUUUUCAAGAUUCCACAAAUCUCGGGAGCCUUGUGAAUUAAAAUCAACCAACAUGGGUGCUUGUUUAGCUCUGGGUUCCCUUGCCAGUUGUGCGUCCUGUUUGUGCGGGUCGGCCUCCUGCAUCCUGUCAUCAUGCUGCCCGUCGACCAACAACUCCACGGUGAGCCGGCUGGCCUUCUCCUUCCUGCUGCUGCUGGGGACUCUGGUGUCCAUCAUAAUGAUUCUCCCGGGCAUGGAGGAGCACCUAAAACAGAUUCCAGGUUUCUGUCUUGGCGGGACGUCUAUACCCGGCAUAGAAAACACGGUGAACUGUGACAUCAUCGUCGGCUACAAGUCGGUGUACCGCAUUUGCUUCGCCAUGACCUGCUUCUUCUUCCUGUUCGUCCUCCUCAUGAUCCUAGUGCGCAGCAGCAAGGACCCCCGGGCCGCCGUCCAAAACGGUUUCUGGUUCUUCAAGUUGCUGUUGUUAAUUGGCAUAACAGUGGGAGCUUUCUUCAUUCCAGAUGGCAUGUUUAACACAGUGUGGUAUUACUUUGGCAUGGGGGGAUCCUUCCUUUUCAUCAUCAUCCAGCUCAUUCUGCUGGUGGACUUUGCCCAUUCCUGGAACCAGUCCUGGGUGGAUAGGGCAGAAAAUGGAAACUCCAAGCUCUGGUUGGGCGCUCUGCUGACCAUCACCAUCCUCUUCUACGCCUUGGCCUUCACCUUUGUUGUGCUCUUCUACGUGUUUUAUACACAACCCAACGACUGCACCGAGCACAAGGUCUUCAUCAGCCUCAACUUCAUAUUCUGCGUCAUUGUGUCCAUUGUGGCCAUUCUGCCCAAAGUCCAGGAAGCUAACCCUUACUCAGGCCUCCUCCAGGCCUCCAUCAUCUCCCUUUACACCAUGUACAUCACCUGGUCGGCCAUGAGCAACAACCCCAACCGGCAGUGCAACCCCAGCCUGCUGAGUUUGGUCCAGCCGGCCGACGCAACCCCGGCGCCAGGAGCCGCUCCCACCAAGGCCCCGACUACCACCCAGUGGUGGGACGCGCAGGGCAUCGUGGGAUUGAUCAUUUUCCUCUUUUGUACCCUUCUAGCCAGCAUCCGCACCUCCAACAACGCUCAGGUGAACAAGCUGCUGCAGACGGAGGGGGGCCAGGAGGCCGUCGUGGAAUACGGGACGGCGGGGGAGGGGGGCGGGGUCCGACGGGCCGUGGACAACGAGGAGGAGGGAGUCACCUACAACUACUCCUUCUUCCACUUCAGCCUCUGCCUGGCCUCCCUCUACAUCAUGAUGACUCUCACCAACUGGUACCAUCCCGACACCGACUACCAGGUGAUGCAGAGCACCAUGCCGGCCGUGUGGACCAAGAUGGCCUCCAGCUGGUUCGCCUUGGGGAUCUACCUCUGGACCCUGGUGGCGCCGCUGCUGUGCUCCGGCAGGGACUUCAGCUGAAAGCACCUUUCGCUUAUGCUUUAAAAUCCGUUUGUGCCUGAAACUCCACAUUUACAAUUGAAGAAUUGAAUUGGUCGUAUGCUUUGUUUUUUUUGACCCACAGUCAAACAUGUUUUUUUCCUAAAUGCUGAUUUCUGGGGUUUCGAGUUGAAACAAGCAGGUUGUUUGAUCUUUCACUGUUACAAAUAUUAACAUCUUUAGAGCAGCGUUCCCAUUUAUAAAUGAUGAGACAAAGUGCAGCUUAAAUGAUCUCUUUAGGGAAUUGAUGUUUUGGUUUUGCUACGCUACAUUUUUUUCAGCUGUUUAAUACUUCUUUCAUCAGUUUGAUUUUACUGAAGGUGUUGUACAGAUUUCUGUUAU